CGUUGAACAUCUGCGCAACCGAAAGUACGCAUAAAUCACUUGAAAUGAAUCUUGUAUACUACGCUCGAGCUCCAGAGCCUUGACACAAUAUCUGAUCAACAAUUCAGAGAUGGGCUUUUCUGCUGCGGGAUGGAAUGAUCACGAUCUUUGCCGAUGAUUCCCGCUCGGCUCAUAUCCCCAACUCCAGGCGGCGCAAUUUCACUCGCGCUUUCAGUCUUUUCUAUGAACAUCUUGGGGCGUCUCCAGGAUCGAAUUUCUAGUUCAAGAUACACAAGUCAAGAAAUACAAUAAUAUUAAAGUUGAUCAGAAUGAUUUUUCUAAAUGGCACUUCAGCCAUGCAUGGUACAGCUUUUUCACAAAACCUCAAUGGUUCAUUCGAAACAACACUCAACAUGAAUCUCUAUAUCUUUCUCAAUAUAAAGCAUCAUGGUUAGCAGACUUCGUGAUCAGUGGGUAUGUGUCGCCUCUUUCGAUGCGGAUCCGGACAUCGCAGGUCCUGGGGUUAUGACAAGUUUCUUGGUCACCGCGUGGGUCACCUAUUUUGUGGCAUGUAUCCAAUUAUAUUGUGUCGUGUCAUCUCGAUUCCGUCUCAAACUUCUUUCUUCUGUGUCGGGAACCACGGCUGAACAUAUUGGCAAAUACACAAUCAGGCUAGCGAGACUUUCCAUCCCAUCAUCUAUCGAACGGAAUAUCCCAAGACUCAUGAUUAAAGGCCUUCAUCUCAGCCUCUAUGCCAUACGAUGUUCGUUAGCUAUGUUUCUAAGCCUCUUUCGCAAUUCUCAACCGCGACUUCAGUUAUUCUCUCAAAUGGCUUUAAAUCGGUUGUGUGAUCUUCAGCUUGUCACAAGAACCGCUAUAAUCAUUGUAGGUAUAGCUGAGUUUCACCACAUGUCAUUCUAUCACCAAUCUCUCAUUACAAGCUAUUGGCUGCUCACACUGAAUUCAUUUUGGGCAGCUAGAGCUGGAUACCUCAACUCGGAACACUAUGGUCGUGACAAGAGCUUUUAUUUCUGGACGCGCUGGGUCUUCGUACUUUUUAGUGAUCUGCUUUCAAUUUACUACCAAAUAGUUACCACACUGGAGGCCGAAAACCACUGGGACUCUGAAGAAAGUGGUCGUUGUUAUCUUUCCCACGAACCAUCACCAACUAAUGCGCAGUAUUUCUGGAUUGUGGGAAUUUCUUUCGAAGUUGUGUAUAUGUUAUUGUAUUCCGUGCAACAACUUGUAGAGUCCUUAUCUCACAAGUGGCAAUGGUUGAAAGGCUUAGUAAACUUCAUCGCAGAUACCUCGAAUGAUGUAUCGAAUGGAGGCCAGCAACGCGCUUUGGAUUUUUGGUCGGCGGUGAAAUUGCGCACCUAUCGUUGGCCAAUACUCUUCUUGAUAAUCGGAGAUGAAGACACUUGGGGUUUUGGGCAAAUUUUGCCACUUGGUUUGCUCGCUCUUAUAUGUUUAGAUUUGCUUGACAUCCUCAACAUUGUAGAAGCAUAUAAGCAUCAAAUCACAGCUAUGGUGCCGGAUCUGCAGGUUCAGAAAGUAGAAUUGUCUGUUGUGGGCACAAGAAACGAAUAUUUGACUUGA